AUGGCUCCGAUUCGAUUACGCCACUCCCGGUACCGGCGGUUUGGUGAUAACGACCCCGAUGUGGUGGAAUACGAGUUAGACCCUUACGGGAACUACCGAGAACGUAAAGGUCAUCGCUACCGCCUGUCGAAUAGUUGGCAAGACUUGCUCUAUGACCGGCGGUUGUGGUACUUGGCGGCCGGCCUUGGUUUAUUCUACGUCGCCAAUUUGCACAAAGCUCCCUACACUGGGAGACUUCAGUUUUGCUGGGUUCCUUAUUGGAUGGAACAGAAAAUGGGCGACAUGCUGUAUCGUCAAGUGAUGGCCCAAUUUGGUGGCGACAUCGUUGAUCACAACAACCGUGUGUAUCAACCAAUUCGUUCGGUGAUGGAUCGGUUACUCAAAGCUGCCGAUCAAUUGAUUAAGGACCCUAAACAGCGGGAGCACUUGAAGAAAUUAGACUGGCAAAUUCUGGUAGUGGCAGGUGACUACCCUCCCAACGCGUUCAUUCUUCCCAAUGGCAAGAUCUUUAUUUUUGCCCUGAUUAUCCCCAUCUGUCAAAAUGAGGAUGGGCUUGCCACGGUGUUGCUGCACGAGCUUAGCCAUCAAUUAGCCCACCACUCACUGGAACAGUUGCUGAAGCUGCCGUUGUACAUGCUAGCUGGUGCCAUCAUGUUCUCAAUCACGGGCUCUACGGGGUUGAACGAUCUUUUGAUCCAAACGCUUUUCCAAUUACCGGGGCUGAGAAAGCAGGAGAGCGAAGCUGAUCACAUCGGGUGUGAGCUCAUGGCUAAAGCGUGUUUCAACGUUGAUGCCGCCGUCAGCUUCUGGGGACGUAUGGAAGAUAUGGAACAGCAAAUGGGCGGAGCUAGCGGGGGGCGGAUGACGGAAUUUUUCAGCACCCACCCGGCGUCGGAACAUCGUAUCGAAGCCAUUAAGCUGUGGUUGCCGCAAUUGCAUCAAGUCCAGGAGGAGUCAGGGUGCCACACCAAGCAAUUCGGCAACUUUGCCAACGCGUAUAAUCUGUUCUUUUAG